ACAGAAGAAGAGGCGCGUCCUCGCAGCUUCAGCAGCAGUGAUCACAUGAGAUGAGGCCGGUGUUGUGUCACGUGAGGUGUCUCCUCUUCAACAUGGCUGCAGCUAGCAGCUAGAACCAAACAUCCGCUGAUUGACUGUCGUCCGUCUGCUGACACGCAUCAGUGAACCUCGGGGGAGCAUGGUGGAAGUGAACGUCGCCCCGCUGUACGUCCUCGUGUCGUCACGUUACUGUCGCACAAACCGAUCAUGCGUAAAGUCCGCGGGCCACCGCUAGCUAGCUGUCAACUGCUACAAGUGGGAAGAGGGGGAAGAGGAGAUUAGGUCUGCCCCUGAUGACUUUGAUGCCAUCCUUCAUGAAUAUCUGAAAGGCGUCCUUGUGGGAGACAGCAAGGUGUAUGCAGCGGGACAUUGUUUGACUCUUAACAAGCAUCGGAGACUCACCAUGGAUUGGCUGAUGCGUGCUGUUGAGAAAGACUUGGGGGUUGACCGGCGGCAGCAAGGCCCGGGUCCCCGUCCCAGGGAGCUCACUGCCCUUGUUCCUAUGCGCUGGGUGAUGGGUCUGAGGGAGAGGAGGAUCAUGCGCUGUGCCCGCUUUGACAGCGUCAGUGAGCCAGAAAUUCGCACCUACCUUCAGUGUUCCCAGGCAAAGUUGCCCCCAGGCUGGACACGAGUGUGCAUUCAGGGUCUGAGAAAAAGCAAGCUGAGCUACAGAUUGGCCAGAGACCCAUGCCAUCAACAAAUAGAGUGCACGUCACAAGAUUCUUAUGUCAAAAGCAUGCAGUAUGUGUCGCAACAUAAUGUCAGGAAUCUGUGGCGUGACGCUCAUUCCAAACUUGUGCAAGCAUAUUUGGGAGCCAAUGAGCAGAUGCAUGUUGCAGCUGUAGAUGCAGUGCGUCAGGCUUUACAGAAGCUCUUCAAUUCCACAUUCAUCUCAGCUGACAGAAUGUCACCAUCUCUUUCUCCAGCUAGAGAGAAGGAGAAAGAAAACUACUUGCCAUCCAGUUCAUCUUGCUUUUCCAAGUCCCAGUCAGACCAUCUGUGUCCCAAUGUUCUGCCUGCAGAUUGUCUGCUGGAGACGGCAGAGAUGCUCUAUGUUAUUCUACCUUAUACUCAGUAUUCACUCCAUGAUAUUGUCUCCUUUAGCCCAGCCAAGCUCGCUAACAGCCACGCCAAAGUGUUGUUCAUUCUCUACCAGUUACUAAUUGCCCUACAGGGAUGUCAUGCAGCAGGUCUGUCUUGUGGAGAGCUCUCCCUGCAGGACAUCGCUGUAGAUGAGCAGCUCUGCAGUCGUCUCAAGCUCAACCUAGCCCAUUAUGAGGAACUGGGGCCAGAAGGGGAUGCCAACAGCGAUGUUACUGGCAAACUAGUGCCAAAAAGUGUUCUGCCAAGGAACAACUCAUGUGUGAGCCAAGAAAACAAAAGACUUUGCAAAGACUGCUUUGAUGAGCUUAAGAAGUUGGUUCUGGACUGGGUCCAUGGACGAGUCAGUAACUUCCACUACUUGAUGGAACUGAACAAGUUAGCAGGACGGCGAGAAGGAGACCCUAAUUAUCACCCAGUGCUGCCAUGGGUGGUUGAUUUCACUGUGCCAUUUGGAAAAUUCCGAGACCUCAGGAGGUCGAAGUUCAGGCUGAACAAAGGGGAUAAGCAGCUGGACUUCACAUAUGAGAUGACCAAAGAGGCUUUGGCUGCUGCAGUGGGUAAUGGGGUUGGUGGAGGUGGUGUAGGUGGGGACCUUGGUGGCUCUGUAGGUGCAGGUGGUGCUGGACCGUCUGACCAUCUCCAUGUACCUCAUCACAUAUCCGAUGUGCUCUCGGACAUAACCUACUAUGUCUACAAAGCGCGAAAGACACCCAAGUCAGUGUUGUGCAGCCAUGUUAGAUCCCAGUGGGAGCCGAAUGAAUACCCAGCGAGCAUGGAGCGCAUGCAGAGCUGGACCCCCGAUGAGUGCAUUCCAGAGUUCUACACAGAUCCCUCCAUUUUCCGCUCAAUCCACCCCGACAUGCCAGACCUGGAUGUGCCUUCCUGGUGCAAGUCCUGUGAGGAGUUUAUUGAGGUCCAUCGGCGCCUUCUGGAGAGCAGAGACGUGUCCCAAUACUUGCAUCACUGGAUAGAUCUCACAUUUGGGUAUAAGCUUUCCGGUAAAGAAGCUGUCAAGGCCAAGAACGUGUGCCUGCACCUGGUGGACAACCACACUAAUCUGACUACCUAUGGUGUAGUUCAGCUGUUUGAACAGCCUCACCCGCCACGUUUAUCUCCUUCCCAGUACGCCCCAGCAGAACCUCCCCUCCUUGGCCUUGCUGCUCUUAAUGUGCCUUCGCUACACAUCCCUCAAAUCGACUCUGUGGCUGACACUGUGGAUGGACUGGUGCCAGAGUCAACAGGGUGUGAGUCCAGUGGCUGGACCAUGGUAGACAGAGAGGAAGAGCUUGAACAAGGUAUGGAAGCGCUGGACUCAUUAGCAUCCACUGGCUCAUCCAGCUCUGCUUCCGGCUCUGUGCCAGUGCCGAGCAUCAGUACGGCAGGAGGGAAGAUGGGAGGAGAGCACACAGCACUUAUUGUAUCGCAGUCCCCGAGUUCAUUCCCUGGUGAAUUCACAAGCGGCUUCGGCCCUGGUUUACGCAGUGCCUUGUUACAAAGAGGUGGGCCAACGAACAAAAAACAUGUGGAGGGGACUGUGACCACUGCCAAUGCAGAGGAAAUCAAGAUCCUCCUCCCUGAAGGCUUCAACCCGCUGCAGCCUUUGGAUGAGUUGGAGAAGUUGAACAAUUUCCUGGUAAAGAGUCUGUACGCUGAAGUGGGGCAUCCUGACUGCACGAGAGACGGUGUCAUAAUUGAAUCUCUACCCUCUCUUACACAGCUCUAUCAAAGAGACAUGCAGGCCUUCGGUGUUCUCAUCGUUGAGAUAUUCUACCCCUCUAAACUGAGAAGAAUGAAACCAGGCACCCCCCUGAGACAGCGUUUCCAAGCCGUUAUCAAGCUAUGCUCUGCCAGCCUACGUGAUGUGCCACUAUCUUUGCAUUAUGCUCUUAAGACACUGCUGCUACUAGAGAAGCACUCUGGAUUAGCACAAAGCGAAGAACCAGAUUGCCCUCGCCCACUGCUUUUUAAAUAUGAACCCAUCUGCGACGGUCUUCCUCCCCCAAACCCCUGCCAGUUAUUGAACUCGAUCAUCUCGCCCUUUCCCUUCCCUUCCUAUUUUGCACCACUUCAUCGGUUUAUCUUUUCCUACCAAGCCAAGAUGGAGACCACAUGUAGUCUUCAAGGAAGAGAUGUUGUCUUUCACCUGUGGCAGCAGCUUGAGACACUGCUGCGGGGUAACAUCACAGCCGAGGGCCUCGAGAUUCUCUUGCCCUUCAUCCUAGCCCUCAUGCUUGAGGAGUCCACUGCCGUCUAUGCUGCCUGGUACCUUUUUGAGCCCAUCUCCCGAGUACUGGGUCCCAGAAAUGCAAGCAAGUACUUGCUGAAGCCACUGAUCACUGUUUAUGAAAACCCUCACUACCUGCGUGGACGUUUCUAUCUCUACACAGACUGUUUCAUACUGCAGCUGAUAGUGAGGCUCGGCCUGCAGGCCUUUUUAUCCAGCCUACUCCCUCAUGUGCUGCAGGUCAUCACUGGUUUUGAGAGCUGCAUCUCAGGCUCGAGCGGGGAGGCUUGCAAAGGGCUAAGGGGUGGCACAUGUAACCUUGAAGAGGAAGAGGACUUUCAGUGCGGCGAGGUGCGGCCAUCUUCUGGGUCUGUUAGCGGGAAUAUGGGAGGUGGCAGUGGGGCCAGUGGAGGAGUCGGGGGAGUGGGAGAGACAGGGAUGGUCGAUUACUCCUCUGGCAUCAGUCUCAGUGAUCAAGUGUUUCUGUCAGAGGCAGAGGACUUUCAGAAUGGGUUCUAUGACAAUGGAGCAGGGGUGGCUGCUGGGAAACAGCAGAGCCAGAACUCUGCAGUUAAGGAUCAAGACCAGGAGUCCCAAAGUGUGGGUAAACUAAGUGACAAAAGCAGCACAAGUGAGCUCUCACUGGGUGAUGGAGACUCAAUGCGAGAUCGAGUCAGUCUCAAAUCAGCUGACAGCAGCCAGGACCUGAAACAGGCUAGUGAGGGAGAAGAGGGAGGAGAGCUGGAGGAAGAGGAGUUGACUGAGACUACUGAGGGUCAAGAGGGGACAGAUGACCCUACUGCUGCCAACCUGGAGCUAACGCUUUCUGGUUGCACAGAAGCCUCAGGAGUUACAGUUGCUACUCUGGAGGGUGAGUUUGUGAAUGGAAUGGCACUGGAACAGACUGAGAAAGGCAUCGUGGGAGAGCAGGAGGAGGAUGACCAUGAUGCAUCUGAUGAGUCUGGGGAGAAAGAGCAAAAGAUUCUUCUAGAUACAGUCUGCAAAACAGUUCGGUGGCUGUCGGCAAAGCUUGGACCAACAGUGACUUCUCGAUACGUCGCCAAAAAUUUGCUGCGAUUGCUCACAAAUUGUUACAUUGGGCUGGAGAAACACCAGUUUGUGGCCGUUGCAUCGGAGGAGAGCGGUCUGGAGAGUGUGGGAAUGGGCAGUGUGUAUGAGAAGAAACCUGUUGUUGGUGACCAGACGGCUGGACCUGUGCUGGACUGUCUCAUCUACAUAGCUCAACUUUAUGGAGAGCCUGUACUAACUUACCAGUACCUGCCUUAUAUAGGGUAUCUGGUUUCUCCACCUUCUUCGCAGCGUCUUAACACGCGUAAGGAGGCAAGUCUGCUUGGAGCGGUUGCACUUACACAGAAGAUCAUUGUCUUUCUCUCUGACACCACUCUAAUGGACAUGCUUAUGAAGAUCAACCAGGAUGUGCUCCUCCCACUACUGGACUUGCUCACCACCCCCCGCAUGGGGUUCCCCAGCGGGGUGCAGACACGCACUGCCGUCUGUCUCAAGACACUCAGCCUGAUGGCUCUCAUCUGCCUGCGCAUCGGGAGGGAGAUGGUGCAACAGCAUAUGGCUGACACUCUGCGUCGGUUCUUUGCAGUUUUCUCUCUGCUGCAUUUUUUGCAGCCUCAGCUGGACAGCGCCCCUUGCAGAGUUGUGGGAGAAGUCACGGUUGUGGAAGUCUGCACACCUGAAAAGACAAAUGUGACAUAUGAGUUGGGUGUAUUGGAGGAGCUACAGACUGUAUUUAACCCUGAGAUGGCCCAUGCCUCCUACAUCCCCUUCUACUGCCUCAUAGGUGACAUGGCAAUACGGAAACUGGUUCCCAACCACGAGCUGGUCUGGCAGUUGGCCCAGUCCUACCACCAGAGUUUGCAUCAGGGGAGUUCAGAGAUGUCGAAGGUGGAGCUACCCCCGUCCUCCACGGGUGUUUCCUCCAGUUUUGGCAGACGCAUUGGUUGCAGCCCAUUCCCUGCACCUGAGACUAACUCCACCAUGAUGGGAGACUCCCUCAUUGAGUCGGGAACGUUUGGGAGCCACCUGGUAGGAAACCGUAUCCAAGUGUUCCGGGACACUGAUUAUGACAGUAGCCGGAAUCUGGGCUUGGCCAACUCUUGGGGACGCUCCAACCGUACCCCCCCCAUCAUCACCACGGCCUCCAGCUUCACCACUCCAUCCUUUGGCACGGCUUCCUUCUCCUCCUGGAUGACCGGCCCUACCCCAGAGGACAGUGCGCUAAAGCAGGAGCUCCCUCGCAGUGGCCGUUCUCUGCAGGGCAACUGGCUGGCCUACUGGCAGUACGAGAUUGGCCUCAACCAACAGGAUCCACAUUUUCACUUCCACCAGAUACGUCUGCAGAGUUUCCUGGGUCACUCUGGCACCAUAAAGUGUUUGGCACCUCUGGCAGGAGAGGAUUACUUCCUCUCUGGAAGUAAAGACAAGACUGUAAAGCUUUGGCCCCUCUAUAACCAUGGCGAUGGAACACAGGAGGUGGAGCCUAGUGUGACGUAUAACGACCAUCGAAAGUCAAUCUUCUAUGUUGGACAGCUAGAGGCGUCGCAGGAGGUCGUCAGCUGCGAUGGAACUGUGCACCUGUGGGACCAGUAUACAGGCAAACAGAUCCGCUCAUAUGAGGCAGUGGAUGGGAAGAAUCCCAUCACAGCUGUCACCACCAUGCCAGCACCACACUCCAGCGUUGUGUUUGGCAGUGCAGAUUCUAUUCUCCGCUUCAUCGAUCCUCGCAAACCUGGAUUGCAGCAUGAAUUUCGUCUGGCAUACAGCAAUGUGAAUGCUGGCCUCAUCCGCUACCUGGCAGUGAGCCCUUCAGGGCGCACCGUGGCUGCAGGUUUCUCAUCUGGCUUCAUUGUUCUGCUCGAUGCACGCACCGGACUCGUUCUGAAGGGCUGGCCGGCUCAUGAGGGAGAUAUCCUCCAAAUGAAGGCUGCAGAAGGAAACUUGGUGGUCAGCUCCUCCACUGACUACACAAUCGCCGUGUGGAAAGAUCUGGAGCACAAGCCUCUCCGCCAGUACAAGUCGCAGUCCGACCCCAUCCAUGCCUUUGACCUUUACGGUUCUGAGAUUGUGACCGGAACAGUGGCGAACAAGAUCGGGGUGUACUCCAUGGCAGAUAUCUCCUUGAGUCCUGUUAGCAGCACAAAGCUGAGCUCGGAGAACUUCCGUGGCACUCUGACCAGCCUGGCAGUCCUGCCCACCAAGAGGCUGCUGCUGCUGGGCUCUGAGAACGGGGCCAUCCGGUUACUAGCUUAGAGAUGAGCAUUGGCUCGCAGCUACGCUAAACACUCUUCACGUUGUUCCUGAAGACACCCGAUGUCUGAGCUCUCGCUGUCCCCUGUCCCCUGUCCUGUGCUUGAGGUCAACUGUAUUGGUAGGGCAUUUUCUCAAAGUCGCUGUUUGAAUGAAGCAGCACAAGUAAAGGCUUUGUACGGAUAAGCUUCAUGGCAACCAAAUCUUGCCACUCUGGCUGUUGGCACUGAAUUUGAUGACCAAGACAUGUGUGUCCCACAGUUAACAUUUGUCAUGUACAAUGAACACCAUGUUUGUUUUUAAAAAAAAAAGCCUAUAGAUGUAUAGAAAAAGUAUAUAAUGGGAACUUCAUAUUUUGACUAGGUCAGUUAUUCUGUUCAAAAGAAUGAAUCUGAAGUCGCACUCAGGAAGGUGGAACCAGACACGGUUCUCAUGUAGUGUUUACACUUUCCAAAUAGAUGCAUAAAAACACCAAAAAAAACAUUGACCUCACUGUUAGAAUACAUGAGUACCCAAAUGCACUGAUUAAACUAUGCAGUAUUUGUAGAUCAAAUAAUUUGUUUGUGUAAGCGUGUUUCAUAAGAGUUGUUUCACAGUAGAUUGUUUAUGCGCCAUGAACAAUAAAAGAACAUUCGCUGUUUCGUCGGCAGUCUUGGUGCAUCUUGUCAGCGUCGAGGCGCUUCAGUUGUUGUCACUCACCGAUGCACAGCCUUUACCCUACUGCACAAGUAUGGCCUAAAUUGUAACUUUUAGAUUCUCACCCAGAUUUUAAAGAUUGAAUGUUUUUAUCCACUAAUAAAUUACUUGAAGUUGCUUUGGGAUUUUUAAACCAUGUUUAGAGAUUCUUGAUUUAGCGGCCAGACCCUGUAGCAACAUUACACUGAGUGUAUCUAAGCAGGUGCCACUUUGGCUGGGUAUGCCAGUUAUUAGACUCACCACUUUCUAAUUGCUCAUUACAAAAGCUGACAUAAGAACAGUCAAUGCCAAGAUGCACUGUUUUGUAUGUAAUCAUUUAUAUGUAACUGCAUAUGAAUAUGUUGAGAGAAAAGUUGUAAUUCAAUAAGAAUGUGUUUUUAAGUUGCUCCCUAGGGUGUAAUGCAAAUGAAUAUGCAGUAUAGAUGUAUGCCCACACAAUUUAAAUAAAUCUAUCAAAGACUUCAAA